AUGUCUUUACUGGAAGUGUGCUGCUUCAGCCCCGAAAGCGCAAUCAUCGCGAGUGAAGCAGGGGCCGAUCGAAUCGAACUGUGUGACUCUCAGCAUGCUGGAGGAACAACGCCAGCAGCAGAAUGGUUGGCCCGUGUCAAGUCCAAGGUGACGAUUCCUGUCUUCGUCAUGAUCCGUCCUCGAGGCGGACAUUUCAACUUUUCCGAUGCCGAGUUCCAGCGCAUGAAGGCUGACAUUGACGAAUUGAAACCCGCGGCCGACGGCUUCGUUUUUGGCAUCUUGGACGACAAGCGGGAGAUCGAUGUUGGCAGGACUGCCCAAUUGGUACGAAGAGCAGCCCCAUUGCCCUGUACAUUCCACAAAGCCUUCGAUGAGACUCCAGAUCCUCUCCAAGCCCUUGAGGACGUCAUCGCCACUGGUUGCCACUCUCUACUGAGCUCUGGGGGCGCAUCAGCAGGAGUCGGUGAGGGCUUGACUGUCCUAAGGGCCAUGGUUCAGCGGGCUCAAGAACGGAUCAUGGUCAUGCCUGGGGGAGGGGUGCGGUCUAGCAAUCUUGCGCGUGUCCAAGCGGCCACUGGGGCGUUCCACUUCCACUCGUCCGCAAUGCACAAAGACAGCAGUUCGCCCGAUGCUGAGGAGAUCCGGUUGAUGAAACAGAUGAACGUUUAG